GGCUCCCGCCCGAAGAGGCGAACAUCGUCAGUAUCAUCGGCUUCUCGGACUCCUAUAUAGCUCGGAGGGCCGCUGGACUCGCUCUGCGCAGGAAACGAGAUGAAACACCUCUUCACCGCCUCUAUCUAGCCAUGGCCCUCUCCGAACUCUGGCCACCUCGAUGUGAACCCAUUUGGCGUGUUGCUGAUCGCUACCGCCUAACGAGGGGCAGUUUGCAGUCCCUCAUUCAAUCAGCGGCUAGCCUUGCUGUGGGUCUGGCACACGCCCUUGCCGCCGAGUUCACCAAUGACCCCGAACUGUGGGCCUUUGCACACUUGCUCCCCGAGUUCUCGGCCCGUCUGGCCUAUUGUGUCUCCUCCGAGCUGCUACCUCUCAUGGAACUGCCUGGUAUCAAACGGGUGAGUUACGUUCGGCAUGUCAAAUAA